CCCAAAGUUUCUGGGUUCGUUGGAAUUUUUGAAUUCCGAUUUUUUUCUCUUUUUAUGUACCUAGGAAUUUUGGAGGAAUAGUUUGGAUAAAUUGAUCGCACUUUCCGCUAGCUCUCGGUUCCCCUUCUUUUUGCCCCCCUAGCUUUGAGCAGGGAAGGGGCUUCCGAGAGAUUUCCUGGUGGAUAAAGUUUUCCAAAGUUUUUCGCGUGUGAUGGUUGCGGGGAGAGCAAGCUCACCAGCUUGACUCAGCUCCAUCUCACCUCCCCAGAGCAGUCCUAAGCCCGCAUAAAGGGACAAACAAACAAACAAACAAAGUUACACCUCGAGUCGCCUCGUGUCUUCUCUCUUCUUCCAGGCAUUCUUUUUCCUCCCUCUCUUCGAUCACCUCGCAGUCUCCAGCCCCUUUCCCUCGGCCCCAUCUCCUGGGUUUCUUCGAGGGGUGCCAGGACCCCCGGCCGCAGCUUCCCCUCCCCCGUCACUCUGGUCCGGCCCUCCCCUCCCCCAUCCCGGACCGCACAGCCAAUCCCCCAAGCGGCCGCCAACAUGCUGUUUGAGGGCUUGGAGUUGGUGUCGGCGCUGGCCACCCUCGCCGCGUGCCUGGUGUCCGUGACGCUGCUGCUGGCGGUGUCGCAGCAGCUGUGGCAGCUGCGCUGGGCUGCCACCCGCGACAAGAGCUGCAAGCUGCCUAUCCCCAAGGGCUCCAUGGGAUUCCCGCUCAUCGGAGAGACUGGUCACUGGUUGCUACAGGGUUCCGGCUUCCAGUCGUCGCGCCGCGAGAAGUAUGGCAACGUUUUCAAGACACACUUACUGGGGCGGCCGUUGAUCCGUGUGACCGGUGCGGAGAACGUGCGCAAGAUCCUACUGGGCGAACACCAGCUAGUGAGCACCGAGUGGCCGCGGAGCGCACGCGUGCUGCUGGGACCCAACACAGUGGCCAACUCCAUUGGCGACAUCCACCGCAACAAGCGCAAGGUCUUCUCCAAGAUCUUCAGUCAUGAGGCACUCGAGAGCUACCUGCCCAAGAUCCAACUGGUGAUCCAGGACACACUUCGAGCCUGGAGCAGCCAGCCUGAGGCCAUCAAUGUGUAUCAGGAGGCCCAGCGACUCACCUUCCGAAUGGCCGUGCGGGUGCUGCUGGGCUUCAGCAUCCCCGAGGAGGACCUGGGAAACCUCUUUGAGGUGUACCAGCAGUUUGUGGAGAAUGUCUUCUCUCUGCCGGUGGACCUGCCCUUCAGCGGCUACCGGAGGGGCAUCCAAGCUCGGCAGAUCCUUCAGAAGGGCCUAGAGAAGGCUAUCCGUGAGAAGCUUCAGUGUACCCAGGGCAAAGACUACUCGGACGCCCUGGACAUUCUCAUUGAGAGCAGCAAGGAGCAUGGCAAGGAGAUGACCAUGCAGGAGCUGAAGGAUGGGACCCUGGAGCUGAUCUUCGCAGCCUAUGCCACUACGGCCAGUGCCAGCACAUCCUUGAUCAUGCAACUACUGAAACACCCUGCAGUGCUGGAAAAGCUACGGGAGGAACUGCGGGCCCAGGGCCUGCUGCAUGGCGGUGGCUGCCCCUGCGAGGGCACCCUGCGCCUGGACACGCUCAGUGGCCUGCGCUACCUGGACUGCGUCAUCAAGGAGGUCAUGAGGCUCUUCACGCCCGUCUCGGGAGGCUACCGCACUGUGCUGCAGACCUUCGAACUGGAUGGUUUCCAGAUCCCCAAGGGCUGGAGUGUCAUGUAUAGCAUCCGCGACACUCACGACACAGCGCCUGUGUUCAAGGAUGUGAAUGUGUUUGACCCUGACCGCUUCAGCCAGGCGCGCAGUGAAGAUAAGGAUGGGCGCUUCCAUUACCUCCCGUUUGGCGGUGGCGUGCGGACCUGCCUGGGCAAACACUUGGCCAAGCUGUUCCUGAAGGUGCUGGCAGUGGAGCUGGCAAGCACAAGCCGCUUCGAGCUAGCCACCCGGACCUUCCCUCGCAUCACUCUGGUCCCUGUCUUGCACCCCGUGGAUGGCCUCAGUGUCAAGUUCUUUGGUCUAGACUCCAAUCAGAAUGAGAUUCUGCCUGAGACAGAGGCCAUGUUGAGUGCUACGGUGUAGCCUCACUCUGGUCUCAGCCCAGCCCAGCAGCGGGGGUGGGAGACAGAGAUAGAAACCUGUGGGGUAGGGAGGGGCUGGAUGGGAGGCCAGCAGCCCCCCUAUGUUGUUCUCUGGCCUCUUCCCCGGCAAACCCUCCCUAAAGACAAAAGCGCCCCGCCCCCUCCUGACUCCCACCCUCUUGGAUCUCCACUGCCCCCUAGCUUAGCUCCUGGGACAGAGCCAGGACAAUUUGCCCGUGACAGUGUUAGUGAGCUGCAGUACAUGCUUAUGACCUCUGAACGCUUCCUUCCCUAACCCCCCUUGUCUUUUUGUUGGUGGUCAGGUGCCUGUGAAGCCAGGAGGGAGGAAAGUGGGGGGGGGACUUGGAGCACUCUUUGACACUCUCACAUCCCCCCUCUGUCACUGCUCAAAUGGUGCCCAGAACAGUGUUGUGGGAAUCCUCACCUAAGCCAGCCUUGACAGGGAAGGAGCUGACGCCGGCUUUGAGGGGCCCAUACCAGCCUACCCAGUUCAGACAUUGGAAGUUACCUAUCGCUGCUAUUUGUCCUCUCUUCUGACCUUGGGGUACAGACCUUGGGGUACAGGAGCCUACAGGCUUAAUCCUCAGAUCUUCCUUGGUGGCCCUGGGCAGGGACACCAGCACUCCUCCCCUAUGGGACCAACUGAGCCAGGUGUUUUCUGGCUAUAGCUGGGCUCCCAGCUGCCCACCCUUGUCCCCCUGUCCCAUAUUUAUUCACUGACCUUGGCUACACUGAGGUCUGGAGCAUCCUCCCCAACACCCACACACCACCACCACCACUGCCACCAUCACAUGCACACACCUGCCAGCCUCUGACCUAGCUCUCCUUUUCAGGGCUAACGUGAGGCAAGAAGAUGUGUGUCUGGUCUAACCCAGUUCUUUGGUAGAGGGUUAACAGCCCUCCUGGGCUCUAGGCAAAAGAUGUAGCUUAACCUCAGAGUCAGACACCCAGCAUCUUUGCUAGGUGUUCUUAGCACCUGCUCCCAGGCUGUCAAAGCCCCCGGGGCAUGUGGGUCUAGGGGCCACCACUUCCUGUUCACUCACUGCCUGCCCCAGUGCCAGCCACUCCCCUGGUGAGGAUGCAUGAGGAUACGGGUUCUUCUGAAGGGACUUCUGUUCCCUUCCUUAACUCUCUGCCCCUUUGCUCUUGGAAGAGUCCCCCACCCCAUACCCACUCCCAACCCCAUGCCACUGUCUGCUAAGCCCAGCUCAGGAUUUGGGAUAGAGAAGAAAGCAGAGAGGUAAGGUGGAGAGAGCCCUCUCUCUGAGCUGCGUCAGGCCCUGUGGGGUCUGGAGAAGCUGCAGGGGAGGCUAUAGCUGGAAAGGAAUGGAGAAGGAGAGCAGGAAGAUGAGGACAGGGCAUAAGUGAGUUGUCAGAAGUGGUUCAGUUGCAGAAGGCCCAGUGGGGGGUGUGGAAGGUGACUGGGUAGAAGGUGAGGGGCUCCUGCCACUGGCAUUUUGAGGGUUGGCCAUGCGGGACCUUCCUGGGAAGGAUUUGGGGCUCUGGUGUAUCUCUAGGCAAUUUCGUCUGUUUUCAGAUUCCUCUGGGCUUUUUUUUUCCAUCCAUUGCUUUUGCCUGUCACUCAGGCAGUGGCACCUUUUCGCUAGAAAACAGGAACAUAGAACGAUAGUUCUUAUUGACCUGACCCUGGAUGGCCAUUGUCACGAGGGUCAGCCACAUCUCCCGAGCCACACAGAACAUCCUAGAAGCCACCUUUCCCAAAUGUUUCACUGCUCUGCAUUUUUUUUCUGACAGAACAAACUGCAGCAUUAGAAUACCAGGGAAAUUAUUGUGGAGUUCAAAAAUAACCAUAAACCCGCACCCCCCCUCCCAGCUCUGAAACAGACCACACCAUGUAGAGGCUCAUCAACAUUUAUGAAGUAGGUGCAUGCUGCCCUCACUCCACAAGCCAGUGCCGGGGAGACUCAUCUUCCUGCACGCUAACCCUGCUUGCCCACAGCCAACUGUUUCAGACUGAAGAUGUGGCAUAUAGCUCUGUCCCUGGUAAGGGACAGAGGGACUGGAGGGCCCCAGCAGGUGUCGGGGGCCUUCCCUUUCAGGGGGCCAGCCCAGGAGGUGUGGUGAAGGAAAAGCUGAGGGGAAUCCCUGUGAGGGUGGGAGGAAGGAAAGAUGGUCUGCCUGGAUGGGUCUCAAAGGUAACAGGCAAAGGGACCUAGCCUAGGCACCUGUGGGCGUGGCACCCGUCUCACCUCUGUAGCUGUGUCUGUUCCGUGUUUGUGUGUUUCAUUGUGGUAGCAUUAAUGGGUGAUGUAUUCUCACAUUCCUAACUAUUGUAACUUGACAUUUAAAAAAAAAAAACAAAAACAAACCCCACAAAAACUUCCUGCCACAGGCUUGCAGAUUGAAGCACUUUCAAAGUUAGACGCUGGCGUGUGCAUUCUGGGCAACCGUCUUGACCCUGCCCAGGUUUCUGUUAUUUUAUACACAAAACUUUUUUUUUCAUAAAUGUUAUAAUUUUGUGUCCGUCUUUAUAAACUAUUAUAAGUACUAUUUUGUUAUAAUUCAAAAUAGAUAUUUAGUAUAAAGUUUUUGCUGUUAAAUAUUUGUUAUUUAGUAAAAAUAUGAAUUGUUCUUUAUUGUAAACAUGGUUCAAAAUAUUAAUAUGCUUUUAUCACGGUUGUUUUAAUAUUGAAAAAGCACUUGUGUGUCUCAUCUUGGUAUGAGCUGGUGCUUGUGUGUGUGUCUUGGCUGUCGUGUGGUUUUGAUGUAUAUAUAAUAUUCCACGUUGCAUAUUACAACAACGAAUGUCCUGCAUUUUGUGAAAUACUCAAUGUGCUCUUUUAUUGGCUUCCAUAAUAAACUGUGGGGACUCACCCUC